AUGUAUACGAUAUGCACGACGGAGGAGUCUGUCUCGAAAGCCGUUGAGGUACUUGCAGAUGCAGAAUACAUCAUUCUUGAUUGCGAAGGACGUGAUCUCGGCAGCGCAUCCGGCGCACUAUCCUUGAUCUCGCUUGGGACACCGCACGCAUCAGACAUCUUCCUCUUUGACAUCUUGCUUCUUCCUCACCACGCGCUGCAAAUUCUCUUCAAUGCAGUUCUUUCACUCACACCUGCUGCUCGAGCUAAGACCAAAGUCGUGUGGGAUGGCCGAAUGGACUAUUCGGAAUUAUUUUUCAGCUAUACAUGCCCAAUAGAGAACGUAUUGGACCUUCAGCUCGCAGACAUCCUUUCGCGUGCCAAGCGUGGGCAGAAUGAUAAGCAGAGGCUUGAUCGGCUCUCUAGGAGAGCAUUUCCAAGGUCAGAAAUCCGAAAGUUACAGCUCGAAGAAGUGCACGCUUUGAAUGGGAUGGACGGAGCACGACCUUUAUCGAGCGAGCUUCUCUCGUAUGCUGCUAGCGAUAUCGUACGGAUAGCUGGGUUGUACGAUCAUUUCUUAGGACACGGUUAUUUGGAGCCAAUGGAACAACUGUGGGAGCUCUCAGCGCGAUACGUCUCAAUUCAUCGCACGUCAGGAAAGCCAGACGACAAUGACAUCUUCGUCCGCGGUCCAUGUCUUCCGUUAUCAAUUUCGCUAUCCGAAACGUCGGGCAGCACAGUUUCCAUUGUCGAUGGUUCAGGAAGAGCCUGCUCUGGCUGUAGACGCACAAUCGCCAUAUACAAUUUUCCUUUCGUUAGUCUCCGAAAGAAGCACAAAUCCAAAAUAGGCGACGACAACCAGGAAAGGUCACCGAUGUGCAAGAUCUGUAUGCUCAUUCUUGCAAAGAUAGAGUAUAAAGAGGGAAAGAAGGCAGCGAAGACACUUGUCGAAAAUGUUAGAUGUACAAUGGCGGCGACCCAAGUUCGUGAAGGGUGA